CUCAUUACAACCUACAGGGUGGAUUACAACACUUUUAGGCGAAGAAAGCUUGCCAUAAUCUCUGUUUCAAGGUCUCCUUACUAAAUCAUCAGCAUGAAUUACUCCAUCGCCUUUGUGGUGGCUUUGAUGUUGUGCUCUUUACCAGGAGUCCGAGGGAUAACAUGCAAGUUAUGCAUACCAGAUGAGAAGACUUUUAAAGUCUGCGACAAAGCGUCCGAACAGGUAGAAGUAGACUGUGAUGUUCAGCCUCCACCAGAGAAUCUGACCCAGCUAUGGGAAAACCGGACAUAUGAUGCAUGCUAUACAGCCCAAAUUGAAGCACUCGCCUUGGGGAAAACAUUCAAGACCUUUGUUUUUGGCUGUGGUGUUAAGGUGAAUUCCUCCAGUGCCUCGGUUGUGAACUGCUCAUUAACUCAACAAUACGUUUGUGCAGACGCAAAAGCAAGGGCAGGGCAAUUAGCGGAGAUCAAAUCCUGCAGCGUGGAAUGCUGUGACACGGAAGCAUGUAAUACUCACCCCACCGUUGCCCCAUCCACAACUAAGGCCACAAUUACACCUACAGGCGGCACAGACCAAGCACGAUCGUCCCGAGUUGGGUUUCUUCUCGUAUUUCUUGUCUACCUCAUGGAAAGUCUUUUUCAAUCAGCCUAACUGCCUCUCCGAACCAUCGUUUGAUCAUUUUAAUGUGUAAUUGUUGCUGCAUAGUUUCAAAGCGCAAUUGGUGCAUCACUAUUUAGCGCUGAAAUUCGUCUGUAUUCGAAUAUAUUACAAUCUUGCUGACAAUGAAUUUCUGUAAGGGACAGUUCAUUAGAAAUUAAAGGUAUGACUCACAACUUUGUUAUCAUAUAAACGAA